AUUGUCCCUUCCUCUGUCAGCUUCCUGGUCAUUCUGUACUGCCUGAGCUGUGCCAGCAGCUGGUCCUGGUCCUCCCUGUCUCUGUCUGUGGACCCAGAAGACUUCCUGGUCUCAGUCGGUGUCAUCAUCUUCUCCUACACCUCGCAGAUCUUCCUCCCUCCGUUAGAGGGCAGCAUGGAGGACCGAGGGCAGUUUGAAACCAUGCUGGGGUGGACCCACGGAGCCGCCUGCCUCAUGAAAACAAUGUUUUCAUUACUGGCUGUGCUGACCUGGGGGGCAGAGACACAUGAGGUCAUCACUGACAAUCUUCCCGUUGACCUUCGGCCCAUCAUCAACCUGUGUCUGCUGGCCAAAGCCCUGCUGUCCUACCCGCUGCCCUUUUACUCUGCCGCUGAAAUCCUGCAAACCUGUUUGCUUCAAGGCUGGGACAUGGACUUCCCCUCCCCUGGUUCGUUUGUCGUCCUCAUCCCAUACCGCCCUCUGGUGGCUGCCUGUCGGGGCUUGGGUCCUCUGGCCCUGUCGGCUCUCGGCUUGGGGGUGGGGGGCACCCUGGGGGCCGGACCCUUUGUGCCUAUGCCCGUGCUUGCCCUAGUGCAGCGGGGGCCUGCGUGCUCGUCGCUGCGGGCCGCUGUGGGGCUGCUGCGUGUGGUCACUGAUGCUUCCCUCUCACCCUCCUCUAAAUGUGCAGGACUCUCUCGUCCAGCUCUGAUGGUUCGUGGCGCCUUGUUGAUGACGUCAUACCUGCUGGCCCUGCUGGUGCCCAGGUUCUCCCUGUUGAUGGGUUUGACGGGAAGUGUGACCGGAGCAGCGAUGACCCUCAUCCUUCCGUGUCUGUUUCACUUGAGGCUGCAGUGGGGGCGACUGACGGUGCAGGACCGCCUGCUGGAUGUGUGCAUACUGAGUCUGGGGGUCUUAUGUAGCGUUUCUGGGGUGAUCUGCUCUGUGAAACGAUUAGUGUUGGGACUCUAA